UCUAGUUUGCAGUUGUGCUUUAGGCUGUGACUUUCAGGUUAAGUGUAAUUCUACCAAAAAGCCUCAGAGUGUCUGAGGCCUUAGGCUGGGGGCUCUGCGACAGUCAUCAGUGCCCGCUGCCUGCUGCAAAUCUGUCCUCGGGUGGCAGGUAUCUUGUUUGAACUGACUGACAAAAAUCCAUCCAUCAUCCUCAGCAGAACCAGAGCUGCACUGCAUCUGCUUCCACAUUCAGUCAAGCCUUUGCCUCUGGCCAUCAGAGCAUCUUUGCCUCGGCACUAGUUAUGUCAAACCCAGUGAACAGUUUGUCAGAAGGCACAGUAUACACGACCCGGGCUGGGAUGACAGAGGACUCCCUCGCCAUCCUGGAGCGAAACAGGAACUCUGGAGAACCUUGGGACAUGGGGGAAACCAAACCAAAUGUGGAAGCCUUGGAGCGAGGUUUGCCAGGCCUAUACCUGUCCUGCUUCGACAUGCUCCUCACCGAAGACUCUGCGUGGCUGGUGAAAGUUUCAGAGGCCUCCUCAACGCUGGCUGUACCUAUGACCCGCAUGGAGCCCCAGGAGGAGCCAGAGCAGUGCCCAGUUAUCGAUAGCCAGGAGCAGGGACUCUCUCCUGGGCUGGAGGGGCAGGAGGAGGAGCGGUCUCUGGAGCAGGUGCAGAGCAUGGUGGUGGGAGAGGUGCUGAAGGACAUUGAAACAGCCUGCAAACUGCUGAAUAUUACCCCAGACCCCAUAGAGUGGAACGUAGGACAUGUGCAGAAGUGGCUGCUGUGGACAGAACAUCUGUACAGAUUGCCCCAUGCAGGAAAGUCCUUCCAGGAGCUGACAGGAAAAGACCUUUGUGCCAUGAGUGAGGAGGAGUUUCGCCAGCGCUCGCCUCAGUGUGGAGACACACUGCAUGCACACCUGGACAUAUGGAAGUCUGCUGCCUGGAUGAAAGAGAGGUGUUCAGCUGCAGAUACCAGGACCGUGGGAGGCGAGGAGCUAUGGUCUGAGGCAGAUUCGUCUUGUUCAGGUCAACCCAUUCAUCUGUGGCAGUUCCUCAGAGAGCUCCUGCUCAAACCUCACAGCUAUGGACGCUGCAUCCGCUGGCUCAAUAAAGAGAAAGGUAUUUUUAAAAUUGAAGACUCAGCUCAUGUUGCGAGGCUGUGGGGACUCAGAAAGAAUCGACCUGCUAUGAACUAUGACAAGCUGAGCCGCUCCAUACGUCAGUACUACAAAAAGGGGAUCAUUCGCAAGCCCGAUGUGUCGCAGAGACUGGUGUACCAGUUUGUUCACCCAGUAUGAGGCUGCAGCAGAGUGGGAGGAGGAAGAGUGGGAGAUGGAAACCUAUGAAGCAAAAAUGACAUGAUUUCACCACGCACUUGAACACUCGAGAUGAAAGGGUGACUUAGGACACAUGCACUGACCAACCCCAAUAAAACACACUUCCACUGCCGCCACUGAAGCAACAGUUGGCAGCUCCUGCAUGGAGGCUUAUCUGUGCAAGAGCCGAGAAGAAGAAACAAAACAACGUGGCUGUUGAAACUUUUUCCUGCUAGAGAAUAAAACAACAGAUUAAAAAACAGAAGAAAUAAAUGAAGCGCCUUGUCUUUUGCAUGAUCUGCCUGUUUAUUUUUCCAUAAUGCGACUCUGUCAACCUUCAUACAUCACAUCAGUCAAUUAGACUUGAUUGCUCUUGUGUUUAAGCUUCAGGAAAACGCCCACUGACCACGGCUACAUUUGCUUUGGCUUUUAUCCUUCGCUCAUCUUUCUGUAAAUGCUGUCUCUGUUUGGAAUAGAGCCAGUUUCACUGCCACAGUUGAAAAUGUGGUUGGGAUAGUUUUGCUUCUUUUUUGGGUUUGUCCCUGGCUGUUAUACACACAGCUCCUAUAACCCAUCAAUCACAGGACAGGCAGGCACUCUUUUCUUAUCUGGUCUGAAAGGCACAGAGGAGACUUAGCUUGCUGAGUCUAGAUUCAAGGGUGAAAACAUCUGGUGGAUCCUCAGUUCCCUGUACCCUGUGUUUAUAGUGCCACUUGCUGUAUACUGUAUAUAUAUUUUUUAAAGUGUAUAUUGUUUCACUGCUCUACUGUAUAGUUUUAGUAGUCAGCUCUGGUGUAUGCUGCUGUACACUAGAAUUUAUGUUGAGUCUUUUAACAACUGUUCAAAAUAAAAGGAACAGAAAAUGAAAUAAAUCAUAUAGAGACAAAACAUAGUGGCACUGUGAGUUGCAGUGGCUUAAACAUCUAAACAAUUAUUUGUUAGCAUGUUAACACAGACAACAACGUUGAUCAGUGCUGUGGAGGUGUAAUCAUGUUAACACAGCUGUGGCUGUGCUCAUUUACAUCAUCUGUGUUAGUAAAAACACAGCUAAACUAAAAAAAAAAAUAGCGGUACAGCAGUGUUUUCCAGUCCUGGCAGUAACAGAUUUAGUAAAUA